AUGUCACAGAAAGAGGAGAAUAGCGUCAACGGCGAUGAGACCAAUACAACCCUGCCGCGUGCGGUGUUAAAGACGCGUACAGCGUCUCAGCUCUACAAAGAAGGGGGGAGCGUAGGCACCAUGGCGUCGUUUAACUCAUUGCCGCAGGUUGAACAGCUGUUAUUCAAGGUACAGGCAGCAGAAAUGACCCUUCUCGCAGCACUUGAUGUUGCUGAACGAAGUCCUGAAGAUAAGAAAAUAUUUGGCCAUGCCACACUUACCAUGGCAGAGAACUACCUCUCGGAAAUUAUUUCCAUCAUUCCACACUGCAGUCGCUCGACUGACGCACCCCACCUUUCUAUCAACAGUUCCGCGAUUCAGCGGCUCAUUGCGUUGUAUGGGGCGUCCGAUGAUGUCGUUAAGUUUGUCGCGCACCUUUCCACAUCGCAGCCGAGAGUAGCUGAAUUAUCUCCUCGUGACGUAACAACUGUAGUAUACAACAUUAGUGAGGUCGCUCGGCUGUUCAAGCAGUCUAUGAAAGAGAGUGGAGAGCAGUGCGGUGUUUUCACCAAAUCAACAACAAGCUUACAGCCUUCACCGAUGAAGGAAAGUGAAUCAGCCGUAGCUGAUGAAGGGACUGUUCCUCCCGCACCAACGGCUGGCCGGAAACGAGGCCGACCUUCGCGGAAUAAGUCUUCGGAUACACCAGCGGAGCCUGGAGCUGAAGGUUCUCCUGAACACGGGACUUUCACGGGGGAGGGUGGCGCGGCGGCAAAGGAUAAGAGGAAAAAAUCUGAGGAGACUUCUUCUCGGAAACCGAAAAGUAACGAAGGAACACCGAGCGGUCCAAGAAAAAUAAGUUAUUGUCGCCUACGUGCGCUGACAACCGCGGAAAAGAGAGUCACCACCAGUCUCAACCAGAUAGUCCAGCUUCUGGGACAUUUAUAUGCUCACCAAUACAACGAUUUGUUGCCAGUGUUUGGAUUUCUUGAGGCACGGGUGAAACAACUGCAAGAAACCAUUGAUGUGGAGCGUGCUGCCUUUGCAAAGAAAGAUAUCGCAACGAGAUCCCCAGAGCCUUUCAUUGGGGUUUCAGUGCAGUCCAUCAUAGCUGCAAUCCGAUCUUCUCUUCACACUUACUCAACGGAGGAAUGGUGUCGGCAAGAAUUCGAUGAGGACCUGCUUCACCCCGUAGCUCAUGCGUGCAUGACAGAGGUAAACCGCAUUGAGGGUUUCGCAACCGAGCCUUUUGUAGGAAUUACUGCUGAAGCACUAGCUGCAAAAAUCGCCACUCGGAAGGCUGCACGCAUCAAACUGGAGGAAAAGUGGGAGAAAGAGCGGGAACGUGCGAGGGAGAAGGAGGAGGCACAGGUUAAAUACAACGAAGAACGACGUUGGCUGCGAGCGCGGUUUGGUGAUAUAGACAAGGCGAGCCUUGUAGAAGACACUUCUAUAGAUAAUCCUGCUGUGUCUGCUCCUGUGUACUACAGCGAUCUCCCGUUGCAAGAUGUGGAAUUGUAUGAGCGGGCACUUUUUGUUUGGACGAUGCUUGUGUCCGUUCCUCAAGCUUUGCGUCUUUCACAGAUGCCCUUCAAUAUAUUUCUGAAAUCUGUUACCACGGGAGUUGGUGGAACUGAUACACUGAUUGAGGAAAUUGUGAAGUCUUUGUUAGAGGUGCUAGUGGAAAACCUCCGUGCGGGCAACGGCUCACGAAUCAACAUCAAGGGAAAGUAUUGGUUUGACGCCAUGGUGGAGUUCGUUGCAGUGACAAGUGGAAACCGGAGGAAGCGGGAUAACAAGCAGAAAAAGGACAUCAAGGAGGAAGAAGAAGAGGAGGAGGAGGAAGAAGAGGAAGGGGAAGAAACGGAGGAUGAGACAGUUGAGGAACAGGAGGAGGAUGAAGAAGAGGCGCAGGAAAAAAUAGAGGGCAGUACUGACACAGAAAAAACCGGUAACGACCGAGAACCCCAGAACUCUGAGGACUUGAAGCAAGAUGUGGAAGAGGAAAAAAGUAAGGAAGAGAAUGAAGGCGAAAAUCUCGCCAACAUGAUCAGGGGGACCAUGGAAAACGUGGCUGAGCUCCGCAACAUGGCGACGUGGUUUAACAUAAACUUACCUGAUCGUCUCAACCUCCUGUAUUACUUGGUGUUAGAAGCGCUGCAUACUCCCGUGGUGCAGGGCGAAGCCGAAAAGAUGCGGAAAAGGUACGAGGAGCAACAGUUGCUCGUCGGAAAGUGCAUCAAGGAAGUUUGUGAGGAGGCAUGUAAAGAGUUCAAGGGCCUUGCCAGGAAACUAGCGGUGUCGAAAUCUGAAGACGAGGAGCAGUCUGUCGAAGAGAAACGGAAAGAAAUUCUGCAGGAGUGCAGUAACCGCCUCAAAAGUACUGUCGAGGAACAAAUAGGGGUACAAGACGGUAAGGAUGUUGGUACUAUAAUCCGUCCCAUAGGCAUGGACCGCUACAAGAGAGUGUACUGGCGUUUGCCAUUUGAUCGCCACAUUACGGUUCAAAGUACACAGGCCACAAACUUGGAUUUCCCAGCUCUGCGUGGUGUUACGUAUUUGGCGGAGCGCACCUCCCACAGUUUCGCUGGAAACUUGCUUGAUGACGAUGAUUGUGAAACAGGCGUGCAGGUGGGGAGCACCGAAAGCGCUAGUGCCCAGGGCAGUGCCAAUGAUCAGAUACCUCAGAAGGUUUGGGGAACUGUGCCACUAACCUGCCUGGGUACUUUUAUAGAAGGUUUGGAUAGGCGUGGCGUUCGUGAAGGGGAGCUCAGGCGGAACCUGGAGAUUUUGCAGCCGUACCUAGCAAGCAUGAGCGAAAUAACUGGGGGACGCAUCACAAGAUUCAGGUCUCAGACCUUCGGUUAUCAGAACAAGCUAAGGCUCGAGUUGUGA